AUGGAAGACGGCCUCGGCUACAAGUAUCCUUCCCCCCUCACGGGCUACGAGAAUGCGCCACCGCUGCCCGAGGAGAGAUUGCCGGACAAGAGCUACGUGAACCCGGCCCGGGACACGCCCAGCAAAGCAUACGACGAGUUUAUAGAUCCCCUCGACAGGUCGCCGCGCGGGGGCUUUGACGUUCACAUCUACUACAAUGCCAAGAACGAGGAGCAGGCAAAGUACGCGCGGGAGCUAUGGGAGCGGAUCCGGCGCGAGUUUCCUGAGCUCUCCGUCUACUCAUUCUGGGACAAGGCGAUUGGCCCGCACCCGGUGGCCAUGUUUGAGGUCAACAUCUACACACCGGCUCAGUUUGGCGCCUUCAUCCCGUGGCUGGCCAUCUGGAGAGGUCCGCUUUCGGCCCUGAUCCACCCCAACACGACGGAAGAAGGCGUCUCGCACCGGGACAAGGAGAAGAGGAACCACUCGCAAAGGGCCAUCUGGAUGGGCGAAAGAUACCCGAUUGAUUUGAGCUUGUUUAAUAUGAUACCCAACUGA